AUGACAUAGAGUUGUUAAAAGAUUACGCGCUCACAAAGUUGCUAUAAAAUGAAAGAAUACAAAAGCAACUCAUUCAGUUAUACACAGUGCAGCUUGGCUGUGGAUCGGCGCUUAAAUCGCGGGAAAUUUUCUUGCUUAGGAAAAUCGUGUUUGGCAGUGUCGUAACUUUGACAGAUAAUAUCCACACUACAAAUUCUUGCUACGAUGCCAAGAGCCUUUCUGCUAAAGAGAAAUUUCGAUGACGGCAAUUAUUUCGGCGAGAGAAAACUUUCUUCCGUUCAGUACGAGGAGGAGAAAGCCGCUAGUGAGGAUUAUUCAGAUGUCAGGCGAAGCAAAAAAGCGUUUCAAAAGAAAAAGAAAUCAUCUUACCCAGCCGAUGUCCGAAUUGAUGGGCGAGUGAAUGAUAUUGGAAAGAUUCUAAGGUUUGCAAAUGGUUUCAUUAAUAAUGGAAAGAAAAUGUCGGGCCAAAAUGCUCAAAAAAGCAAUCUUCAGGAAAUCUCUUGUUAUGCCGGGCAAGGAAUUUUUCGGGAAAAUGAAGCACUGGAGGAGAAAACCAACGCAUUCGCCAAAGACUUCAACAAGAACAUUGACUCGUCCUCGGACGAAGCCAAGCGGGUGUCUGGUUCAGCGCUCAAAAAAAGUUCCCAUGUGAAUAAAGCAAAUGAACUUAAUGAUACAGGCGCUAAGAGUCGCUCAGACAAGGCCAUCCAUAAAUGCAAUCAGUGUGGCAAAAUUUUUAAGACCAAAUACACCUUGUCCAUUCACUUAAAAAUGCCAGAUCAUACUCAGAGUCGGCCAUUUGUUUGCAACGUUUGCGGAAAAGGUUUCCGUCUGUCCAGCACCUUGUGCAGGCACAAGAUCAUUCACACAGAGAAAAAACCGCAUAAAUGCGAUGAGUGUGGAAAGAGUUUUAACCGCUCUUCCACACUUAAGACUCAUCUCCGAACACACAGCGACAAGAAGGCCUUCAUCUGCGACAUUUGCGGGAAAGGAUUUCAUCAAAAGGGAAAUUUGCGAAACCAUAUUAUGAUUCACACGGGAGAGAAGCCAUUUCGAUGCAACCAGUGUAAUCGCGCUUUCAACAAGAUGUCUAAUCUAAAGUUUCAUAUGCAUACCCAUUCUGACAACUUGCCUUACCACUGUCGAACCUGUAGAAAGCGAUUUUCAAAAAAGAUUGAUUUAAAAGAGCACGUUGAAGAAGCUCACUAAGAACACUUAGGAGAGGAAACAUAUGAACUUUUCCAGACUUUAUUAAACGCGAUUCCGCGAAAGCUUAAAAUCUUUAAGGUUUUUUAGGUGAUUGCUUCGUAAUUUUAACUCGCGCGAGGGAGAAUGCGUGUAGCAAUUUGUAAAAAAAUUAAAUAUUUGCACUUCAUCUUAACAAGAUCAGCAGUAAUUAUUGAAACUUAGAGAGCGACAGGCUAAAACUGAGUUUACCAACCUUGUCAAUGCUGACUUGAAUUGCAAAAGAUUCGCUUGUAUAGAAAUUCAAACCAAUUGCUCAAACUUCGUCCAAAUUUUUUCCUUUGUUGUCCUUUUUAUAUUACUUAAGCACAAUUUUAAUAGCGACGAAAGCGAAGAUUUCGCGUGAAGAAAUAAUAUCUACUCACACGAAGGGUAGUAGCUAUAACCAGGCAAUAUAAGUGAAAUUUUUAACAAUGUUUUCACACCUAAUUUUGUUAACAUUAUCAGUAAUGGCAUAACAUGUACAUUGAAGUCAAAUAAAUAAACACAUGUCAGAAAUUA